AUGAAGCUAUUAGUUGGGCAUGCAUAUUUAAAUCAAAAGAAAAUUGAUGUUGAAAUAAAAAAACUUGAAGGAAAAUGUGUUGUACUUCAAAAACAGGCAGAUAGUUGGUCAAAAAUGGCAGAAAAUUUUAAUAAUACUUUGAAAGAACUUGGUGAUAUUGAAAAUUUUAAUUUAGCAAUAGAAAAUGAUAUUGAAAUAGUUUUAAACACAUUGAAAAAUGCUCAUCAUGAUUUAACCAACAUUAGAAUGGAUUGA